GAAGCAGCGGCGCGCUCGCUGGCCGGUCUGGCGCCCGGGGAGCUGGGCCUCCCACGGCCCGCGGUCCAGCUCUCUGGGCCGGCGCUGGGAAGCCGCUGGGACGCCGUACACACGCCAGCGCCGCGCGUCCUGACGCGCUACGUCGCCGGCGCCGCCGCUUCGCGUAAUGACUUCCGGGCGCCGGGGCCGCCAUCUUGCUCGCGCGGAAGCGGCGCGGCUGGGUGGGAGUCCCGAAGCGGGAGUCGCGGACGGUGCGGCCGCCGCCAUGCCGUCAUCGCCGCUGCGGGUGGCGGUGGUGUGCUCGAGUAACCAGAACCGGAGCAUGGAGGCGCACAACAUCCUCAGCAAACGAGGAUUCAGCGUCCGGUCCUUUGGAACAGGAACUCAUGUGAAGCUUCCAGGACCAGCACCCGACAAGCCAAACGUUUAUGAUUUCAAAACCACAUAUGACCAGAUGUACAACGAUCUCCUUAGGAAAGACAAAGAACUCUACACGCAGAAUGGCAUUUUACACAUGCUGGACAGAAAUAAGAGGAUCAAGCCCCGGCCAGAAAGGUUCCAGAACUGCAAAGAUCUGUUUGAUCUGAUCCUCACCUGUGAAGAGCGGGUGUACGACCAGGUGGUGGAAGAUCUGAAUUCUAGGGAGCAGGAGACGUGCCAGCCUGUGCAUGUGAUCAACGUGGACAUCCAGGACAACCACGAAGAGGCCACCCUGGGGGCGUUCCUCAUCUGUGAGCUCUGCCAGUGCAUCCAGCACACGGAGGACAUGGAGAACGAGAUUGACGAGCUGCUGCAGGAGUUUGAGGAGAAGAGCGGCAGGACCUUCCUGCACACCGUCUGCUUCUACUGAUGGCCCCCGCCCGCCUGGAGCCACCUUGCUGAGCUUCCUUUUGUUAAUACUUCUUCCUUCCUGAUAUUUGUUUUUACCUUUAGGUAUUCUGCCGAUGGACCGGACGGUAGCAGUGCCCAAAUAAACUGUACAUAUGAAAUGAGAAGAUAUACAUAAAUGCCAGAUUACAAUCAAGUGUUUCCCAUCCCACUUUUACUUAUGAGUGGGAUAUUGAUUAUAGUUUUUUUUCUUUAACCAAAAAAGAAAAAAACGGUUGAUAGCACAUUUCCCCCCAGCCAUCUGCCUCUCACUGAGCACCCCUUUCCCGUCUCCCCUAACUGGCUGCAAUGUACAAAUCCCUGAAUAAAGCAACAGGCUGUACUUUUUGGGAAAGAA